CCAACCCCCAGAGGAUUGUCUUCAGGAGACUCAAACACACAAGCACUCACACCCUACAGGUGCAUCUGAUGAACACGGAUUGUACUUGCCCUUCCCUUCUGCAGGUGUAACUAAAACCUAAUUGCCAUGGAUCCGGUCUCUGUACUUCUGUCCGUUGUUGUUUGUAUUUUCCUAUAUAAAGUCUUCUAUGGUGGGAAAGGAGCAUCUCAGAACUUCCCUCCUGGGCCCAAACCAUUACCCCUCAUUGGGAAUCUGCACAUGAUGAAUAUGAAGAAACCCCAUCUAACAUUUAUGGAGUUCAGUAAGAAGUACGGCCCAGUAUUCAGCAUUCAGCUUGGGUUAAAUAAGGCGAUUGUGCUUUGUGGCGCGGAUGCAGUGAAAGACGCUCUUAUUAACCAUGGCGAUGAGUUUUCGGGGAGGCCCAAAAUUCCAGUCUUUGACCAAAUAUCUAAAGGAUAUGGUGUUGUGUUUGCUGAUGGGGAGAACUGGAAAGUGAUGAGAAGAUUCGCUCUUUCUACGCUAAGAGACUUUGGGAUGGGGAGGAAAACUAUAGAAGACACAAUCGUUGAAGAAAGUGGCUGUUUGGUGGAAACGUUCAAGUCCCAUGAAGGGAAGCCAUUUGAUAACACCUUGAUACUGAAUGCGGCUGUAGCCAACAUCAUUGUGCACAUACUGCUCAACCACCGCUUUGACUAUCAGGAUCCAACGCUGAUCAAACUUAUAAAAAGUGUCAGUGAGAAUGUCAAGAUUGCUGGAAGUCCUAUAGUCAUGCUGUAUAACACAUAUCCGUCUAUUAUGGGAUGGAUUCCUGGAAGUCACAAAACUGUUUUCGAAAACUUCCAAAAAUUAUCCAACUUUCUUAAAGAGACAUUUACCAAACGUAGGGAUCAACUGGAUGUAAAUGACCAGAGGGAUCUCAUUGACGCAUUCCUUGUCAAGCAACAAGAGGAUGCAGACAAUACUAACUUAGCUCUGCAAUUUCAGGAGAAGUCUUCAUCUAAAAAGUUUUUCCAUGAUGAAAAUUUGAAAGUUCUUUUAGGCGAUUUAUUUGCCGCUGGAAUGGAGACGACUUCUACCACUCUUCGCUGGGGUAUCCUGCUGAUGAUGAAAUAUCCAGACAUUCAAAAAAAAGUCCAAGAUGAAAUUGACAGAGUGAUUGGAUCGGCAGAACCUCGGCUCGAACACCGGAAACAAAUACCCUAUACCGAUGCCGUUAUCCAUGAGAUUCAGAGAUUUGCCAACCUCGUGCCUAUUGUCCUUCCCCAUUCGAUAACUGAGGACGUCACAUUCAGAGGCUAUUUCCUUCCAAAGGGAACCCAAGUGAUCCCCCUGCUGAUUUCUGUUAUGCAAGAUAAAGAUUAUUUCCAAAAACCAGAAGAAUUUUACCCGGAACAUUUCCUUGACUCAAAAGGAAAUUUUGUGAAAAAUGAGGCCUUCCUUCCCUUCUCAGUAGGUAAAAGAAGUUGUGUCGGAGAGACGUUGGCCAAGAUGGAACUCUUCUUGUUCUUCACAAAACUUCUGCAGAACUUCACAUUCCAACCCCCUCAUGGAGUUGAGGUCCAACUGACCUGUGGAGAUGCACUCACAUCCAUACCUUUAGACCAUAAGAUCUGUGCAUUGCCUCGCAGCUAGACAAACUCUACACAUAAUCACCAUAAAAUGGAGCUUCUCAUUUACAAAAAUUAAACAUAGAAAGCUAUAAACAGUCUUAAGAAACCAAAACCUUUAUUUACUUGUAAUUUUAGCUAUUUCUUGAAGUCCUGGUCAGUGUCCGCACUCUUCAAAACCCCACCCCUUUUCACAGAUCAAGACUUUUCAGCCUGAGUGAAGAAAGCCCUUGUUAUUCCUCAGUUUCUCUGCUUUAUAGAACAUUUUGGGACAAAUACGCCUUCCCUAUUCCAAUUACACUCCCACAUCUUAUGGUGAAGCCAUGAAACCAUUCUACUGUACACGAAUAGUUCUCUAUAGUUACCUGUAAACUGUAUUUGUAAUGAUGAAUUAUGUGCAGAACGGCCUAUAUUAAUUUGAUAUUUAUAUAUUAAAAAGAGAAUAUAAUUCUUACCUAUA